CCGGUCCGGGCGGUACCGCCGUGCUCUCUCGGCGCCGGGCCGGGCGGUACCGCCCCGCUGACGGGAUCCGGCGCGACGGCGGCCGCGCCACUUCCUGGCGGCGGGAGCGGGCGAUGGCGGCGCAGGACGUGCUGGGGCAGACCGCCCGGCUGGCCUCGUCCAGCGCCCUGCUGCAGGUGCUGUUCCGAGUGAUCACCUUCGCGCUGAACGCCUUCACCCUGCGCUACCUCUCCCGGGAGCUCAUCGGCGUGGUCAAUGUCAGGCUGACUCUGCUGUACUCAACAGUUGUCUUCCUCGCCAGGGAGGCGUUUCGCAGAGCUUGUUUGAGUGGAAGUACAAAGAGAAACUGGACCAAAACAAUUAAUCUGUUGUGGCUGACAGUCCCUCUUGGUGUCUUUUGGUCUGUUGUCUUGGGCUUAGUCUGGCUAUACUUGCUUGAAGUACCMGACCCUUCUGUGGUUCCUCAUUAUCAGACUGGUGUAGUGGCAUUUGGUCUUUCUGCCAUUACUGAACUCCUGGGAGAGCCAUUCUGGGUUUUAGCACAAGUUCAUUUGUUUGUGAGACUUAAGGUAAUUGCUGAAAGCCUUUCAGUAGUGUCAAAAUGCAUUUUGACRGUUACUUUAGUAAUCCUUUAUCCUCAGUGGGGCCUUUACAUUUUUUCCUUGGCUCAGCUUUUGUAUGUCAGUGUUCUGGUAAUGUGCUAUGURAUUUAUUUUGUGAUGUUUUUGGGAUCUCCUGAAGCCACAAAGAAGUCAUUUCCAGUUACUAGAGUGAAAGCUUUAUUACCUAAUUUUGUGGAAGAUGAGACCUUUGUUAACUGGAAGGAAGCACGCUUGACUUGGAGUUUCUUCAAACAAUCCUUCUUGAAACAGAUUUUGACAGAGGGUGAACGAUAUGUGAUGACUUUUUUGAAUGUGUUAAAUUUUGGAGAUCAGGGUGUAUAUGAUAUUGUGAAUAACCUUGGUUCACUGGUGGCCAGGUUUAUCUUUCUGCCUAUUGAGGAGAGUUUUUAUGUCUUUUUUGCUAAAGUGUUGGAAAGAGGGAAGACUGUGAAGGAUCAGAAGCAGGAUGACGUUGCUAUGGCUGCAAAUGUAUUGGAAUUGCUGCUGAAACUUGUGCUCCUGAUUGGCCUCACCAUCACUGUUUUUGGCUAUGCCUAUUCUCAGCUGGCUCUGGAUAUUUAUGGAGGCUCAAUGCUCAGUUCUGGAACAGGUCCAGAUCUCCUCCGGUGUUACUCAUUGUAUGUCCUGUUUCUUGCUGUCAAUGGAGUAACAGAAUGUUUUACAUUUGCCUUAAUGUGCAAAGAAGAAGUGGACAGGUACAAUUUUGUUAUGCUUGCCUUGUCUUCCAUCUUUCUGUGCAUCUCUUAUUUCUUGACCCACUGGUAUGGCAGUGUGGGCUUUAUCCUUGCCAACUGCUUCAACAUGGGCAUCCGAAUAGCUCACAGCAUCCAGUACAUCCAUGAUUACUUCAAAGAAAGUGCCCACAGACCUCUCACAGGCCUGCUCCCCUCACCAGUUCUGCUGCUGGUUUACAUCAUGAGUGCAGUGAUCACCGCUUUCUCAGAGGUGUUGUUCUGCUGUGACAAGGGCUGGAUGGCCAGGCUGAUCCACAUCAGCACAGGYGCCCUGUGCUUUGCAGCAACCCUCRUUACAAUGUUCUGCACAGAGACCAAGCUCAUCCACUUUGUCAGGAGCCAGUUCCUCUUCCGCUAUUUGAAGAAAGGAACAUGACUUGCUCCUGUCCAGAACAGUUUUUCUAUGUGCUUGCAGUAAAGGGCUGUGUUCUUUCCAUAAUAUCUGUAUGGAAAAAAGGUUCCAGGUGUGUUUGGAAGCAUUGAUAUUGGAGGGGCAAUGUAGACAAUUGCCAGAUGAAUAUUAUUUUUCUUCUGGACUGGUCAGUACAGCAAACGAGAUGAAUGAUUUUCACUUCAUGCACAAUUCUUUUCUAAGCUUUUCUUCAAACAGUCACUUGGGUAAUGAAUGAAGAUCUUAKGCACCUUCUGGCAUAACCUGGUUGACAGACUGCAUGUGGAGAGCUCCUGUUCCUGCCACKGGGCAGUGUGGGAAGGCCUGACAUGGUUUAGAAGGCCCUUAUUUGGUGUGGGGGUUGCUUAAUUGCAGAGAAAAUGGUCAGAAAAAAGGAGCCCAAACCCAACAGUAAACACCAUAAAAAUACCCAAAAGCUGAGGAGAGCACUAGAGCAAGGACCAGCAGCAGUGUGAGUGUUGUGGAGCAGAACAGUGUGGUGCAGAGGAAUUGAGCUGUCACUGUUUGAAGUGCAAAGCAGGGAACAGAAAAUCCUGACGUUUACAAGUAAAUUAAUGGAAUACACAGUGUGUGUCCAUSCUGGCUCUGUGAGAUUAUUUCAUUCAGCAGAUCUUUCAUGUCUAAGGRCAUUGAUUCACUUGUCAGAAAUACUCUGAAGCCUUAGCUGGAAGAGGUUUCGAGUAUUUUCUGCAGAAGGUGUUGUGUACAAUCACUGAUGGUGCGGUUUAGAAGGUUACUCAUACAAUUUCUUACUUUCAUUCCAUUGUUUUUUGGGUUUGUCUGAGAUUUUGAAUGCCAGCAUAAACAAACUGGUCUCAAUAAAAAUUAUUUUGUUCUGUCUUUGYAAUUGAAUGUUAAAUAUAUUUAAUAAGAUUUUUUACAAGGACUUAUGUAUACUGAAGAUUUCUUUUUUGGGUAGUAAAUACUUCCUUUUGUUGCAGUGUUUUCCUCRUAUCUUGUUCCUUUGCUUGUUCAAUCUUAAUCUCUAUAUUUUUUGUUUUUUAAUUAUUGAAAAUUUUGACAUUCAGAAAUUCUAAAAUUCAGUGUUGUCCUGCUGGUUUGGUUGUACUAAUGGUAUAUUGUAUUGSUGGUCUAAGAUUUGAAUUGGGCAAUUUCAGAAUGUGCAAGUGGCAGGUUUAUAAUGAUCACUGUUCCCUUUACAAUGUUUGGACCAAAAWAUAUCAAGGGAUGAAAAAUUGUGCYUAGACAAGUGCAGUUGAAAGCUUUUAGUUUAAUUAUGUAUCAACUGUGCAGAUCCUCAGACUGCUUGAAAGAAAAUCACUGCAKUGGCAUUGAGAAGUUCAUUGUGGUGACCACAGUGCCCAGGGUGAAAUGCUUUCUAGAGUCGGGGCCUUCAGCUUGGUAGCUAGAAAUAUUUUCUGAACUCGGGUAAUUCCCACUUAAAAAACAUUGCCAAAGAUACUUUAUAUGGGAAUUUGGUGAUUGAAAAAUUGCCACAGAGAAGCUAAAAUGUAACAGUGAAGGGAAAGGAACAGCCUCGCUCAGCCAAAGGCAGUUGUUUCCAAUGCCUGGCUGGGAGUAGAUAGAGACUUGCUGAUUCUUAUGCUGUUUUGAAAUCUCUUAAAAAACCGCARCUUUGCGUUAUUCUGUCUUCUUAAUUGGGUUCAGUAGUUCUUUGCCCUAAAUUUUUCUCUUCUGAGUGGUUUUGCAKCUUUUUUCUGUUCYCUGUUGGGUGUGGAGUUUGUUAUGAAGUAUACCUUCAUAUAUUUUAAAGGGUUGAAACUUCUUUAUCAUAAAUUGUCAAUUCUUACAGGUUGUUUUUCUUUCUCUGUUCAUAGUACAAAAAAAUCAAGACAAUUGAACCUAUGGACUGUAUUAUAGGGUCCGUCUUUUUCUCCAUGUCUUUGGGAUCUUACUGUGGCAAUAUCUCAAUCCAUACAAUGAAUUUUUAUAACUCCUUGGAAUGAGAAAUUUUGUACAGCCCUGCAYCUGAAGUGCUUUGGAGAUGGAAGAACUUCUUACAGAAAAUGAGCUUGAACUAAUUCUGCCUUGUGUUGUCUUGCAGCCCCAGCUGUACACUGGUAUUAUUCUGCUACUUUUAAUGUUGUGAGUAGGGUGAUGUGAGAUCUCCCUGUUCAUAUAGAGACCUGUGUGGUCUCAUAAAUGUUUUCUAACAUAAAUGCRGAGAAUGCAUUUAAAGACAAGUUAUGAUUUUGCACUAAUUUUUUUAUAUCAUAUUGGAAUGGCUGAUAAAUCUCUCUUGUGUCUUGAAUGAAAUUUUAUAGGAAUCAGGAAGGCGUUUAAGGUGACUUAAUGAUUGUGCAUUYGCAAAUUAACACAUUGCUCAUUUAAACAUUAUGGGUAAGCAGUUCAGUAAUGGUUCACUGGUUUUUGUGAUAUGGGAUGUUUUAUUUUUAAUAUGUUUUAUGUGGCAGGAAAUUGCAAGGAUGGACAGGAAGUAGAGACUUACGAAACUGUCUGCUGGUUUCUUAUUUAUCAGUGGGAUCCUUAAUGUAAAAGCUGUUAAUUGCUUUACUGCUAAAGCAGUGAACUCUGAAACUCAGGGACCAAGUUGAGAUUGAACUUGACCAUGUUUCCCUUUUGUUCUAGUCCCGUUAGUAAGCCCAAGGUACAACUGUCUGAAAUUUCRUUAAGCUGUUUCGCAGUGUUCUGAAAUAUUUUAAUUUAAGCCAAAGGUGAAUGAAACCAUUUUCUUUGGAGGAAAAAAUUAUGAAUUCRUGCUUUGUGGUGUGUUUUUCUCAUUUGUUGGAUGAAUGAGUUUCAAGGUAACACUAAAUAAAGUUUAUUUCCUUUACAUUUUAUUUUUGUCUUCUUGGAUAUUGAAGUUUUGUUUGUAUCAUUAGUACAGCUGAUGCUUGAAUUUGGUUGUAUUUUCUAGGAUAUUUUAUGUAUAGAUUCAGUUAUCAGCCUAAACAUACACACCAUUUCCUAACACACACAGAGAUAAAAUUGCUGCAGUAGUUUUGUGAGAAGUGGCAUCGUUAUAGUCACUUUCCUUCUCUUUGUUUCUAUCAAAUUGUGUGUUUGUAUGGAUUGGAAUGGCCAAAUGCCUUUGCUUUUACAAUGCAUUGUUGUGAUAAAAACUGAUUCA